UAACCAUGCGUGUCGUUGUUCUUUUGUGUGUCAUUUCCGGCGUGACUUUCACCUCUGCUGACAUCACCGGUCAACAUCCGGCAUCGGGCACCUGUCUAUGUCUAACCGGAACUAACGUUCACGCUAGAAGCGCGGCCGGACUUAGUGGAUCAAUUGUUGCAACUGUGAGCAAACCAGAAUGUUUCAAAUUCCACGGUGGUAUUCUCACCAAGGACGGCUAUACGUGGUACCAGUUACAACACGUGAAUGGACAUAAUGCAUGGGUUACAGGCACGUUCUUGUCAACAUCGACAGCCUUUUACUGUUUUGGUACCCCAUCUACUUCCGGAUCGGGUAUUUGCACCGAUGCUACAGCCAAGGAGUUUGCUUGUUUACUUUUGUAUUAUGCGAAAGCGGGAAACAUCACAUUGUGGAAGCAACAUCCAUCCGGUGUUCAUGACAACGCUUACUCGUACAAUAACAUCAAUGACGCUUGUCUCGGCCACGCUGCCUCUAGAUCAAAUUACAAUUGCUCAGAAUGCCGAAGCCCUGGUGCUCCUGGGGGACACGUUUGUUUAAGUAAGACCUUACUAUACUAUAUCGUUCUUGUCCAUCAAAAACUUGGCUACAUUCAUGUGAAUGAAAUUGCCGGUGCCUGUCACAGCUGUACAUCAAAACAUUAUCUCGGCCGUGCUGUUGACCUUCACAACCCAUCUGGACAGUCAACUAUGAUGUUAAGUCUGUGCACGUUCUUGGGAGGAUGGGGACAGAAUGAAGGAACUCACGUACAUUGCCAGUUUAAUUCAUAAUUUACAUGUACUCUG